GAAGUCCCGCCUCUCGCGCGAGCUGAGGCAGAGCCGGAGUCCUUCAAUGGAGGCGAGCGCGUCAUCUGCAGUUCCUCUGUAGUUCAACUUCGUUCUUUUUGGGUUAUAUAUACUGCGUGUUUCUUUCUUUUCAUAUGUGCCCAUCGCUGAGCAAGUAUUAACCACUUCUUUGACCCUCAGUCGACUGUGACCCUAGGACAGAAUGAUUAAACGCUAUGAUCAGCACGAGCUGAUCCACCGACAGCCGCUGGAAAGGGGAUCGCCAUACACAGCGGCCUCCGAGUGAAGCUGGGCCCGGGCUCGGGCCCUUAGUGGACGCAACUGGCACUGUUGUUCGGGACUCUGUUUCAAUUGUGCCCCAAAGACAUGCUGUAAAGGCCCCUGAGAAAAUUGCUUUAUGUGGAAGUUAGCGCUGAAGAAAUUCCUCUUGGAUUGACUGAAGCUUAAUUGCCUGGAAUUGCCUCCUUUGUCUCUAAACCUGUGCUGAAUCGAGUCAUGGGGGCAUUUCUGGACAAGCCAAAGACUGAAAAACAUAAUGCACACGGCGAGGGCAAUGGUCUCCGCUUUGGGCUGAGCAGUAUGCAAGGAUGGAGGGUUGAAAUGGAAGAUGCCCACACAGCUGUGGUGGGCAUACCUCAUGGCCUCGAUGAUUGGUCCUUUUUUGCAGUAUAUGAUGGGCAUGCAGGAUCCAGAGUGGCUAAUUACUGCUCCAAGCACCUGCUGGAGCACAUCACCAAUAAUGAAGACUUCAGGGGUGCAGAGAAACCUGGAUCAUCUGUGGAGCCCACAGUAGAAAGUGUCAAGAGUGGUAUCAGAACUGGCUUUUUAAAAAUUGAUGAGUACAUGCGCAACUUCUCUGAUCUGCGCAAUGGCAUGGACCGCAGUGGCUCAACAGCAGUGGCAGUUCUUCUGUCACCUGAGCAUAUGUACUUUAUUAAUUGUGGAGACUCCAGAGCAGUGUUGUACCGCAAUGCACAAGUCUGCUUCUCCACACAGGACCACAAACCCUGCAAUCCACGUGAGAAAGAGCGCAUCCAGAAUGCAGGGGGCAGUGUAAUGAUUCAGCGAGUUAAUGGCUCAUUAGCAGUCUCCCGUGCCCUUGGGGACUAUGACUAUAAAUGUGUAGAUGGUAAGGGUCCCACCGAACAGCUAGUUUCUCCAGAGCCUGAGGUUUAUGAGAUUCUGAGGGCUGAGGAGGAUGAGUUUGUGGUACUGGCAUGUGACGGGAUCUGGGAUGUCAUGAGCAAUGAGGAGCUCUGUGAGUUUGUCAAGUCUAGGUUGGAAGUGACAGACGACCUGGAGAAAGUAUGCGACUCAGUUGUUGAUACCUGCCUGCAUAAGGGAAGUCGUGAUAACAUGAGUAUUGUACUAGUCUGCUUCAUGAAUGCACCCAAGGUUUCCGAAGAUGCCGUCAAAAAAGAUGCCGAGCUGGACAAGUACCUGGAAGCACGUGUUGAAGAAAUUUUUGAAAAAUCUGGUGAAGAAGGAAUUCCAGACCUGGUUCAUAUAAUGCGGAACUUGUCAGCAGAAAGCAUCCCAAAUUUACCACCUGGAGGUGGCCUGGCUAGCAAACGCAGUGUAAUUGAAGCAGUCUAUAACCGGCUCCACCCACAUAGGGACGAUGAUGGGGAUCGCCAUGGACCAGAAGACCGAGGAACCUCAGGAAAGUUGCUUCACACACUUCGGCAGAUGAGAAUCAAUCAUAGGGGCAACUAUCGUCAAGUGCUGGAAGAAAUGCUUUCUACUUAUAGGAAAGCUGGGGAGGAAGGCGCGUCAGUCUCCUCCAGCAUUACCGUUCGAGAUGGCAACACCUCGGUUUCAGACUCCCCUGCUCAAAAAUCCACCAGAAGAAGCCAUUCGUCCAAGUUCCUUCGCAGCAACUACAACACCAAGCAGGAAGAGCCUGGAGUAGAUAAUACAGAGUGACGCACAGCCACAGCCAGUCUGUUGUCAUGUUAGAAGCUCACAGAUUGUUUGGCUUUAGAGCAUGUGUAAAAUAAGUUAGCGCGGCAAUCUAGCCACUACGCUUUGUUCUCUUAUUAUUAUACCUUGUGACAUGCUGCAA